AUGAGGGCCCAAGGCCUUCUUCUCUUGGCAGCCCUGUUGACCCUAGGCAGCCAGCUGCCUGGUACAGUAGGCUGGAAGAAGUAUGAGAAACUAGGGGGCUGCCCACCAGAUGAUGAGCCAUGCCUUCAAGCCAUCCCAGACCAGUGCAAGAUAGACUCUCACUGCCCAUUCGGGAAAAAGUGCUGCUCUCAGGGCUGCUUCCUCCGGUGUCUGCCUAAAGUCAUGGUAAAGGCGGGCCGGUGCCCCCUAGAUCCAAUGGAGUGCCACAGCCGCAUCUGGCACGUGUGCAGUUUGGACAAGGAAUGUUCUGGCAACAGACGAUGCUGUCUCACAGCCUGCGGCCGAGACUGCAGGAGCCCGGUCAGAGGUGCCUACCCCACCCCAUAG